UGGAUCUUAUUCCGUGGUUCAUCAAUAUGAGCGUCCGUUUUUCAUUUCGAAGUAAUGGUCUCUAACAUACAGUGUCUCUUUGAUGAUUUUUAAAUUGAAACCCAUACUGAAGAAACCGAUAAAGAUACAGGAAAACAAAUUUUAAGUUUAUAGUUUUAUGUUUUGCAAAGGAAGGAAACCCUCUCCCCGACAUGACCAGGUUUUUUUCUUUUCCAUUAUACAGUAUAUUUUAAUAACGUAACUUAGAUGGUUUUAUUAUAUAGUAUUACAACCAGCUUUACCAGUAGGGUGUCAUUACAUCUCUUGAUUAUCUUCAUGCUACCGUUAAUUUGGGAGGAAGCGAAUUACUGCUUCUCGCUGUCCGCUCAUGUUUUUUUGUUUUUUUUACGGAUAUCAUUUUGAGCUUCCUUCAAAUUGAUGAAAUUGAGCGUAAUGAAAAUAAAAUGAUCAGCAGACACAUACACAUUAUGCAUGUUUCAACAACAAAUAACAAAGUGUAAGUAUAUAUUAGCACGUUCAUUUUGCAUUAUCGUUACACCAGCCAACUAGCUGACGAUCUGUACAUAUUUGAUGCCCUACAAAAUAUAACUGAUAACAGACAAUAUGUCUCCUGGGUAUAUACAGGAAUUGAUAAUUAAAAAAGUAUCCAAUUAUAAGUUAAGGUAAGAGGCGACUGUAGAUGUACCCUGGGUUAGAACUAUCAGGUAUGGUACAACAUCAUAUCGGUAUGAGGCUGCCCGCAUAUGGAACUGUCUGCCCGACGACCUAAGAAAGGCUGAUAACUAUAAGGAUUUCCGCAGACAGCUGCAUGUGUGGGACGGCCUCAACUGUAAUUAUAAGUGUUCCAUGUAGGUAAUGUAACACACCUUGCAAACUUGUCGACCCUGCCUGGUGGUUCUCUCCUGUCAUGUAAAUAUUGUACUGUACUGAAAGUAUAAACCUGAAAUCUGUGAUAAAUUAUGUGCUACUUUUUAACAUUUUAAAUAUUUUCAUGAACUUAAGUCCUUACAAAUCUUACCCCAAUCUUACCAUAAUCUUACCCCAAUCUUACCACAAUCUUACCAGUACUAGAUCUAGUCAUAUUUUACAAAAUAUUGUUCUAUACAUAAAUUUUUCUCAAUUUGAUUCUGUUAAAUUUGAAGCAUACAAGUCCAGUCUUUUAACUUUAAAUACUGUAUGUGAUAAAAUUGGUAUAAAAUUUAUAUCUCUCUUAAACUACUAUGAUGUGCGCAUUAAGCAGACCUCGCUGGUAGAGGGCUCCCCGACCCUUGGAAACUUGAUGCACCAAAUGAUGAACUAUAGUUAUAUAUGCUCAUGUGAUAUUUGUUUUAUAUCAUGUAUUGUGUUGGUCUUAACUUGUGUCAUAUUUACUGUUAUUAAUAUUUAUCAUGUUUGUCAAAUAAAAGCUACUGAGAGCUUAAAUGUUAAAUUGUUCACCCUAUUCGACGUUAAAUAAAGCUUCUUGGAUCUUGUACAAACGUUACAUAAAAGUUGCCAAAUUGCCAAGUUAAAAUACAGAGUAAUUGUAUAUGAAUUGUCAAUGAUAAAUAAGGUAGUUAAUGCUAUUUGUUUGAAUAAGAUUUCUGUAUUCUUUAAUUUUCAUUUUAUUCCCGAUGUGUUCAUUUCUAGGUCCGUCCAAAUAGCAACGUGAUCCGAUUCGAAAAUUAUCGCUUGGGUAGGGGAGGGAACUCCUGAUUACUGGGUAACUAGGAUUUCUCUCCCCUGACAAUACGUUCUUCAGCCAUUCGACAGUAUUUUGGAGAAGAGCCAUGGAGACGGUGAAGAUUACAGACAAAGACGGCGCGUCGUUCAACAUGUACCGAUACGAGGGUAUACUGUUUCCAACAUACUCUAAAACAGACUUAAAGACGCGCGUGGGCACGUUUAAAAACCUUCAAAUCAGAGAUGACGAUGUAUUCAUAGCAUCAUAUCCCAAGUCAGGUAAACACUGGAUAUACGAGAUCACCAACACACUUCUUACAGGAACGAUGGAAUAUAUGACGUCAUACGCUACAUCAGGACCUUCAGGGGAGACAACUUUCCAGGAUAUGAAAUCUCCAAGAAUCAUAGCUAGCCAUUUUUUAUUUAAAGAUUUUCCAACGGAACUCGGCAGUAAGAAAUGCCGUGUUAUAUACAUCACAAGAAACAUGAAGGAUAGCGCUGUGUCGUUCUACAGUCAUAUGAGAAAAAUGGAGGAUUCUUGGGGUUACAGCGGUACAUUUGACGGCUUCCUGCCUCUAUUUACAAGCGGUCAAGUUCCUUACGGGUCUUGGUUUGAGCACACAAGACUCUGGGAGGCAGUACUACAGGAACAUCCCAACUUGUCGAUAUUACAUCUGGAAUAUGAAGAUAUGAAAAGGGACUUGUUAGGGAAUGUACGGAACACGGCCAAAUUUCUUGGGGUCGAGGAAAAUGAAGAAUUAUUUGAAAAGAUCGUGGAGAAAUGCGACUUCCAGAAAAUGCGGAGCAGUUGUACAUUCGGCGCCCCCUGGAAAUCUUUCACUAAAGAUAACACGUCUCCUAUAUGUAGGAAAGGUCAGGUUGGAGACUGGAAGAACUGGUUUACGGUGGCUCAAAAUGAAACGUUUGAUGAAAUCUACAAUAAAGAAAUGAAGGAUUCUACACUAAAUUUCCAAUCUACUCUUUGAUAAUAUCAAAUUAACUUUUGAAUCAUCGGAAGUAUCCCGUGGUAAUAUUAAAAUUACCUUUGAAUCACAAACUACAUAAUCGGAACUAUCCUGUAUGAGUUGGUAGUUUGUUUGUAAGGAACUCGUUUGUAUAGAGCACAUACCCUUUGAUGUAGGUGAACUAUUGUGACAGUGAUAACAAUCUACUUCCCAACACGGAAGAGCUUUGCAGACAACCCAACAAUGCUGAUAUCUACUGCACGCCAACCAGGAAGGAAAGGAAAUAUAGUCAUUAAAUGUUCACCGGGAAGGACAGAAACUGUCGUUACUUAUCUACUUUUAACCAUGAAGGAACGAAUGAAAUUAUUUCAUUGUCCAUAAAUAGAAUAGUAAAUGAUAAUUUAGUAACGGUUAUAGUUACGAAUCAGGAAAUAGGUACGGUCCAUACGUGGUGCCCUGUUGGCCAAUGUCAGAACAUGCUCUCUGGUAGACUUCAAUCCACAUGUAUAAUGAACAAAGUGCAAUGAAUAUGGUGUUAUUGAAUAGUACGGGCUUCAUUUACGUUCGCCAUCUUUGAUGUGAUGGGGAAUGCUAUUUAUUUGAUCACUCUGUCACUACCCCUGACGUCUGGCUUUGAGGACGUGGUAAUGCUUGCAAUUCUAGGUCAAAAUCUUACUUGGCGGUUAAGUCGAUGAAGCAGAUGACCCUCAGCCGUCCGGGACACCUGAUUUCAUUCUCCUUAUACAUUUGUCCUUUGUUUCUGUUAUUAGUAAUGGAUUAACUUUAAACUGCAUUACACUACCAUUUACUAUGAAAGUUUUUCAAAGUUUGAUAACUUCACGUAAUUUUUGAAGUAGUCGUCUGUUGAUUAGAGUGUUGGGUGAUAAAUCACAGAUUACACUCAUUUUCCAUGCAAGUUUGAACACUUAUAAGACCUUCACAUUCAUCAAGAACUGUUAAGUCAUUUGAAUUUUGCCUCGAUCAUCACUGGAGAAACCAACUGGUAUGCUAAAAUUAUAGAGAAUCAAUGCUAACCCACCUGUAGUUAAAUAUAUUGAUUGAUAAUUAUUAAAAAGUUAAGAACACACUUAAUAACUUCAAUUGGCAAUAAUUACAUUUCAUAUAACUAUAUAAUCUGUCAUUUAGAAUUACUAUGAGUUGAUAUUCGGUCAUUUAGAAUUACUAUGAGUUGAUAUUCGGUCAUUUAGAAUUACUAUGAGUUGAUAUUUCCAUAUUGCGAUAACUAUUAUUCAAUUAUAUAUUUGUUUUUAAUUGUACUGAGCGAACAGUAGAGAAUUUCCAGUCCUAUGGUCAGAAUAAAAUCUAUGUAUCUGUGUUUAUUAUAACUGUUAAUAAUGGAGGUAUUUCUCAUAGUGCAAUAAUAGAUGUUAUCCUUAACCCUUUCACCACUGUAGACCAUAAUGGACUUAUCCAUAUCAAUGCAUGGCAGAGUUUACUAAAGUUACAUAGGGGUGAAAGGGUUAAUGUUAUACCUGAGCACUCUGUGGAUAAUUUAACAUUUCACGACCACCUUGUAUGUGUUUUCGCUGUCCCUAUUGUCUUUUUGUAUCAAUGCUGUGGUACAUCUUUUUCUGUGUACUAUCAAUUGGAUUUCAUAAGAAUAGAAAACCUAAGAACACACAUAGAAAAGA